AUGCCUUCUCCAUCUCCAUCAUCCAAAAUAACCCUCUACCGCGGCUUCCCCGACCAAGGCCAAUUCACCUGGUCGCCCUUUGUCACCAAACUCGAAGCCCGGCUACGCUUUGCCGGCUUAUCGUACGAGAACCGAGCAGGCUCUAUCCGCGAGGCGCCGAGGGGGAAGAUUCCCUAUUUGGCGAUACGGAAGAAACCAUCACCAUCACCAUCUCGGGGUGUUUCGUCAGAUGAUAAUGACAAUGACGAUGAUGUGCACGUCCUGGCCGAUUCGACACUCAUCAUCAAACGCCUGAUCGAGUGGGGUGUUCUGCCGGAUCUGAAUGCGAGAUUUGGAAUAGUUAAGUUAUUAACUGAUACGUUCAUGGCGAAGAGCCGCGAACGCUGGACGCAAAACUACUACACCAUGCGCGACCACGUCCUGGCGUCCGUCCCCUAUCCACUCCGCGUCGUCGUCGGACUGCUCGUCUACCGGAACAUAACGCACACGCUUCACGGCCAGGGGACGGGGCGGUACACGGAUGACGAGAUCGCGUCGUUUCAGCGCGAGAUCUGGGAUUGUAUCAGUCAGGUUUUGAGUGCAGCAAAAGCAAAAGCAGCAAAAAAUACCACCAGUGACAAAAAUGAUGAACCAUUCUGGCUCCUCGCAGGAGACGAACCCACAGAGGCAGACGCUACGCUGUUUGGCUUCAUCAUCUCCACGCUCGUUUGCACUGCGUACGUCAGACUGUCCUAUCCCCCUACUUGCCUAAAAAUUGCAAGAUUCUUUGUUGAUGGCGUUACUGAUUUUGCUUGGUGUAUACAUACAGAGGCCCCCAAUCCCAACGCCUCCUAA